AUGGACUAUCGGACUCCUUCCGUCUACAGUGGACGAAACACCCGGCUAGAAGAAAUACAUCCAUUACAGGAAUACUUCCUGUGUGUACGCGUGAGUGGGUGUGUGUUGCGAAUGACCCGUGACGCCGCAUAUCCACAAUGAAGUCUUCCAUGUUGAUAGGGCUGGUGGCUUCGAUAACCGCCAUGCUCGCUGUCAUCGUCAUCACAAUGGUCGUCGUGAUGAGUCCAAAUACAGGAGGCCCAAAGAGCUACGAGAACAUCCUUAUAAAUGGUGUGAAGACGGAUUCAAUUCGAGAAUUUCUAAGGAACCUGACAGCUUCCCCCCACCAGGCAGGAAGCGCCCGGGACCUAGAUAUCGCAAAGUGGAUCAAGGACCAGUGGACUACGCAUGGUCUGUCGGACGUCAAACUUAUUCCUUACGAAGUGUGGCUCUCGCACCCUGACGCCGAUAAUCCUAACAUGUUUCACAUACUGGACGACAUAGGCAACGUGAUCUACAGCUCGAACCCAUAUCAGCCUCCUGUAGAAGAAACACCACCGGCGGGACAAGAGAGCAUUUUGUCCUUCAGCGCCUUUUCGGCUAAUGGAACGGUCCAGGUGUCUCGUGUCGUGUAUGCUAAUUACGGCUCUGUCGAUGACUUCGAUCGCUUAGAAGAAUAUGGCAUUGACGUGGCCGGUGCGAUUGUUCUCGUCCGCUUCGGCAAGCUCUUCAGAGGAGACAAGGUAAGGUUCGCGGAGGAGCGCGGGGCGGCGGGCGUGAUACUGUAUACGGACCCCCAGGACGCCGCGCCCCUGGGCCCUGAAGCCACGUACCCCAAGACUGUAUAUGCUCCCCCGGGGUCCACGCAGCUGGGGUCCCUCUCUCUCCAGGGGGACCUUCUUACUCCCGGGUAUCCUGCAACAGAAUCCGCUUACCGAAUUCCUGAAGAACAAGCAGAUUCGCCUGGCAUUCCCGUCCAACCUGUUGGCUAUGAGGAUGCUCAACAGAUCUUAAGCAUCUUAAAAGGCGAACGCGCACCCGAUGAGUGGCAGGGAGGUCUUGACAUAGAAUACCUGCUGGGUGGCGACCUGGCAGGACAUGAGGUCAUAUUGGAUGUUAACAACAUAAAUUCUAGGGAACAAGUGUACAACGUGGUAGGAUCUCUACUUGGUCAAGAGGAACCAGAUCGUUACAUACUGAUCGGGAAUCACUAUGACGCCUGGACCUACGGCGGAAUCGACCCAUCAUCGGCCACCGCCACGCACCUGGAACUCACCCGCGUGUUCGGCGAGAUGUACAGGGACGGCUGGCGGCCCCGGAGGACCCUCGUGUUCUGCAGCUGGGCGGCGGAGGAGCCUGGCGUCAUCGGCUCGACUGAGUUCGCGGAGCAGUUCAGCGCCAUCCUGAAGGACCGAGCUGUAGCAUACCUUAACGUGGACAUGGUGAUGGAAGGCAACUACUCUUUCAUGGCCAGCGCCGUCCCGAUGCUGUAUGACGUCAUCAUUGACACCUCGAAGGCCGUGCCCAACCCGGACCAGGACGAGGUCGAGGCGGGUCGUGCCUCCUUGUACGACACGUGGGUGCACCGCUUCCCCAAGAACGACAGCGAGGAGGAAGGGCCGGCGUCGGAGCCCCGCUUCUACACCUUCGGCUCCGGCAGCGACUUCCGGGCGUACGUUUUCAACCUGGGGAUUCCCAGCCUCGACCUGUGCUUCACUUCCGCGCCGGAUGAACCAGGACUCCCUUUGUACCACUCGGCGUAUGAAACCUAUGAACUAGCACUACUCAUGGAUCGCGAACUCCGUUUCCACCAAGCUACUGCCAGAAUGUGGGGUUUGCUUGCCUUAGAGUUCUCGAGCCGGCCCGUCCUCCCGUUCUCCCUCAAGCAGUACAGUGACUUCGUUAAAGACGAGUUUAAGAUCUUCAAGAAAAAGUAUGGAGGGAAGCUCUUCCUUCUCGGCGUGAGCACAGCUAAUUUGGAUGCUGCCAUUAAGAGCCUGAGCAAAAACGUCGACGACUUCUUGGUGGAGCUCGACGCAGCCGACUGGAAUAACAACCUGGUCCUCCGCACGUACAACGACGCCAUGAUGCUGAUGGAGCGCGCCUUUCUCUCUCCCUUCGGCCUCCCGGCGCGCCCUCUCCUCAACCACGUCUUACUAGCCCCGAGCACCCUGAACGGCUACGUGUGGGACGUCUUUCCUGGCCUGAGGGACCUGCUGCGCAACAGCAACGUCACGGCGAGCGAAGUCAAUGACCACAUGGCCGCUGUCACUCACCAUUUCAACAUGUCCGCCGCCGCUCUGUCUUUCCGCUUCUGGUAGCUCUUUGUCUCCAGUCGAUACUGUUUUUUUUAUUUAUUUAUUUAUUUUAUAUAUAUAUAUAUAUAUAUAUAUAUAUAUAUAUAUAUAUAUAUAUAUAUAUAUAUAUAUAUAUAUCAGAGCUAUGUAAAUAAAUGUUUUGUUAAAGAAAAGUGAUACUCCGUGAUAUUUUAUAAAUGAGAUUGUGGGAAUCACAUGUUAAUCAUAGAAAUAUACAUAUUUAAGAAAUCGGUUUUCAGGAGCGCAUCUUUUAAAACUACUGCUACAAAAAUAUGAAUGGAUAAAUGUAUUUAUAUACCCAUCCCCUGGCAGCAUAUACAAACCUGACAGCAUAUACUAACACGAUUUUAUAUGAAUUGUUUAUCUAAAAUACAUAGAAUAUUAAUAUAUCUACAGUUGGGUUGCAAAUGUACAAA